AGUCAAAAACAAACAACUCAAAAUAGUGAGAGAAGAUUCUGUUUGUUGAUUAUUUUUUAAACAAACUUUAAAUUAAACAAAAACUAAAACAAUGCGUAGACAUAAGUGGUAAUCAAACGUAAACGAUAACAUAAGAAGUGUUCUCUUAAUUUGAAACUUUUAAUCUAACCUAUUUUAAUAACCGUCUUUUAAAUAUGUAUUCGAUUUGCCGGCAAACACACCCGGCUACGGGGGUGGAAUAUGCUGUAAGCUGCUGUUUUUUUGAGAAUGAUGAAAUGUGUUUGGUGACUGCUGGUGCCAAUAUUUUGAAAGUGUUCAGACUAGUGCCUGAAGGCAGCACAAAAGAAGUCAAUGCAGCUGGUCAACCAAUACCACCCAAAAUGAAGUUGGAGUGCUUAGCGUCAUACACAUUAUGGGGAAAUGUUAUGUCUAUUUCAUCUGUAAAAUGCCCUAGUGCAGGCCGUGAUCUAUUACUUGUGUCAUUCAGAGAAGCAAAGCUUUCUGUCCUGCAGUAUGACCCACAGACAAAUAAUCUAGUAACUUUAAGUAUGCAUUACUUUGAAGAGGAUGAUAUGAAGAAUGGCUGGACUACACACCCCCAUAUUCCUUGGAUAAGAGUGGAUCCAGAAUUUCGAUGUGCAGUCAUGUUGUUAUAUGGAAAAAAAUUGGCUGUGUUGCCAUUUAGAAAAGAUCUUACAUCUGAAGAAGGAGAUCCAUUAGAGGCCAAACCUUUAGAGGAUGACAAGAAAAAUCAAACCCAGCCAAUGAUGCGAGCCCCAACACUAGCCUCUUAUGUAAUAGUAUUAAAAGACUUAGACGAGAAGAUAGAUAAUAUACUAGAUUUGCAGUUCUUAUAUGGAUACUAUGAGCCUACAUUGUUACUUCUAUAUGAACCUGUAAGAACAUUCCCAGGUCGUGUAGCAGUACGAAGUGAUACCUGUUCAAUGGCUGGUGUUUCCUUGAACAUGAGCGCACGGGUCCAUCCUGUUAUUUGGUCAACUGGUGGCCUUCCCUUUGACUGCCUGCAAGCUGUGCCUGUUCAGAAACCACUUGGUGGUUGCCUGAUAUUAGCAGCAAACUCCCUCAUAUACCUAAACCAGUCCGUUCCACCCUAUGGAGUAUCAUUAAACAGUAUAGCCACUCAUACUACUAACUUUCCGCUACGUAUCCAAGAAGGAGUGUGUAUAACCCUAGAUGGUGCCAAAGUGGCCACGUUGGGCGAGAGUAGAGUAGCCUUGGCACUUCGCGGAGGCCAGCUCUACGUGUUGACGAUGUUGUCCGACUCUGUUCGAAGUGUCAACAGCUUCCAUUUGGAUAGAGCUGCAGCCUCUGUAUUGACCAGCUGUAUGUGUGUCAUCGAAGAGGACUUUCUCUUCUUGGGGUCUCGGUUGGGAAACUCUCUUCUACUGCGAGUGACAGAGAGGGAGAACAGAAUGAUUUUCUCCAUAGAUCGACCGUUAGCUGCUACUGUCGAUCUUACAGAAGAUACAGUUAGAGAAAUCCAAAAUAAAGAUCCAGGCGAUCCAGUUUCAAAACGACGUCGCAUGGACACGAUCAGCGAUUGCGUGGCUUCUAAUGUUAUUGAAAUUAGUGAUAAAGACGAGUUGGAAGUGUACGGCUCCGAUAUCCGGACGUCCACUCAACUGACGAGUUAUGUGUUUGAGGUAUGUGACUCCCUUCUGAACAUCUGUCCGAUCGGAGAUGUUUCGAUGGGCGAAGUGCAAUUGGUGAGCGAGGAAAGGAGAAAUGAACAUAACACUAUAGAACUAGUGGCCUGCUGUGGAAGAGGGAAAAACGGGGCGUUAGCCGUCCUGCAACGGUCCGUUAGACCUCAACUAGUCACCGCUUUUGAGUUACCAGGCUGUAUCGAUAUGUGGACGGUGAUCGGGGAACAAACAGAAGUUCUGCGAGACGCGCACAGAGACAUGGAGGGGACGCACGCCUACAUGAUACUCGCCCAAGAGGACUCCAGCAUGAUCCUCCAAACGGGACAAGAGAUCAACGAAGUGGACAGCUCCGGUUUCAUGACGAGCGCACCGACUGUCUUCGCUGGAAAUUUAGGAAAUAACAAAUUCAUGGUUCAAGUUACUACGGUCGCUAUACGGCUUAUUAAGAAUGGCGUGCUGAUACAAUCGAUAUCAUUGGAUUGGACUGCGCGGGCGGCCAUCACUGCCGAUCCCUACCUUUGCGUAAUGUCUACUUGCGGAAGAGCUCUUGUUUUGGCUUUGAGAGAACUGAGAGGAAAGGACAAUGUGUCAGGACGUUUAGCCCCCACUCGUCAAGCGGUGCCCCACAAACCAGCUGUCGUGAGGGCGGCUCCUUAUCGGGAUCUUAGCGGUUUGUUUGCGCAAAAUAUCGCCAAUGUUCAGGUAAAAGGCGAGUUCACAGGCAAAGCAACGAAGAACGUAAAAGCCGAAGGACUGAAACCGGGUGUGGUCUACGAAUUAAAUGAUGAUGAGUUACUCUAUGGAGGGGAUCAGACACCAGCUUCUAUGGCCAGCAUUAUGUUAGCCGAACAGUCGAAAAAUCCCGACGUCCCUCGAAGAGUGUCGCGCUGGUGGAAGAAGCAGCUCGUAGAAGUCAAACCGACUUAUUGGCUCUACGUCGUCAGAGACAAUGGAAAUCUUGAAAUAUAUUCACUGCCCGAGAUGAAGCUGAGUUUCCUGGUCAGGGAUGUAUGUGCAGGACACAGGAUCCUAGCUGACAGCUUGGAAUCCGUGGCUAUGCCUCUAAACCCUUCCGAAGAAGAGGAGCUAACUUCUGGUCACAGUUCCAGCGUGGAUAAACUACAGGAGAUGUUGGUGGUGGGGCUCGGAAAUAAGGGAUCCAGGGUGCUGCUACUCUUAAGGAUGGAUGACCAGCUCAUGAUAUAUCAAGCCUACAAAUACCCUCGUGGUAAUCUGAAGCUGCGUUUCUCCCGGAUGCAGACCACAUUUCCAUUCGGGUACAAGGGCGGGUGCAUCGGAUGCCCCGAAGACGGGUACGAGGCGGCCGCCUUGAGGGAGAACGUGCGAUACAUGAGAUAUUUUGGCAACGUGGGUGGUUACAACGGCGUGUUCCUUUGCGGGGAGACGCCAUACUUCCUCCUGCUGACGUCACGGGGGGAACUCCGCCUUCACCCCAUCAGCUCCGAGGAAGCACCCGUCGCAUCCUUCGCCUCAUUUAAUAACACCAAUUGUCCGCAAGGGUUCCUGUAUUUCAAUGCUAAGGGAUCUCUUCGAAUCAGUGUCCUCCCAACUCAUUUGUCGUACGAUGCUUCCUGGGCUGUUCGGAAAGUCCCAUUACGAGAGACCCCUCACGCCGUGACCUUCCAUUUGGAGUCGAAAACCUACUGCCUGGUCUCGUCCGUGGCCCAGGCGACGACCUCCUAUUACAAGUUCAACGGAGAAGAUAAAGAGAAGAGCACGGAAAAUAAGGGAGACAGGUUCCCCUACCCGAUGCAAGAAAGGUUUUCAGUGAUGCUCUUUUCCCCUGUGUCCUGGGAAGUGAUACCCAACACGAGGGUGGAGUUGGAGGAAUGGGAACACGUGACGUGCCUCAAGAAUGUGUCGCUGUCCUAUGAGGGAACUACGUCAGGUCUUCGUGGGUACAUCGCGAUUGGGACUAAUUAUAACUACAGUGAAGACAUCACAUCGAGAGGAAGGAUUAUAAUAUAUGACAUCAUCGACGUGGUGCCGGAGCCAGGUCAACCCUUGACCAAGAACCGUUUCAAGGAGAUCUAUGCCAAGGAGCAGAAGGGACCCGUCACUGCUCUCACACAAGUUCUCGGAUUUCUCAUAUCAGCUGUGGGGCAAAAGAUCUACAUCUGGCAAUUGAAAGACAACGAUUUAGUGGGCGUGGCCUUCAUAGACACGCAGAUUUACGUGCACAGAAUGCUGGCCGUGAAGAACCUCAUCUUGGUGGCCGACGUCUACAAGUCCAUAUCCCUCUUGAGGUAUCAAGAGCAGCACAGGACCUUGUCGCUGGUUUCGAGGGAUUUUAGGAGUGCUCAGAUAUACGAUAUGGAGUUCGUGGUGGACAAUACGAAUCUGGGAUUCCUCGUGAGCGAGGUGGAGGGGAAUCUGGCGUUGUUCAUGUAUCAGCCGCAUGCCAGGGAGAGCUACGGAGGUCAACGUCUGAUCCGCAAAAGCGACUACCACCUGGGCCAGCAGGUGCACGCCAUGUUCCGGAUCGCGGCUCGUCCCAUGCCCAAUGUCCCGCAGAAGAGACACGUCACCAUGUUCACGACCCUCGACGGCGGCGUGGGCUACGUGGUGCCCGUGUCGGAGAAGGUCUACCGAAGGUUGCUGAUGCUGCAGAACGUCAUGAACAACUAUUGCUGUCAUAUUGCUGGACUCAAUCCGAGGGCUUUUAGGACAUACAAAUUCUCCCGCCGUCCAGUGUCGGGUGGCGCGGCUCGUGGGAUGUUGGACGGUGAUUUGGUCACGUUAUUCACUUCGAUGCCCGUCGGAGAACAACAGGACAUUGCAAAAAAGAUUGGUACCAAAGUUGAAGAAAUAUUCGGAGAUCUGUAUGAAAUAGACAGACUGACGGCGCACUUUUAGUAUUAUGUCAUUUGUAAAUACACUGUUAAGGCUCGC